AUGAAGCAACGGGCGUUCAAUAAGGCCAUGAUCACCCCAUUUACAGAAGUCAUUUUCAUCGAUGAGGCAGACGAGAAAACACUCGACGUCGCUGACUGGAAAAUCUUACCGCAAGGAGGAUAUACCGCUCACGACGUUAAGUAUCAGACGGCUAAAGCAUUCCUUAACAAGUGCCCGAUGUUAGUGACCGCGCAGCGUAAGCUUGAUUUCGGUCCCGCCGACCAGCCAGCAAUGGAUAGACGUCUGCGCACGUAUCAGUUCAAGAGCCUCCCGAAUCCCAGACGAAAGGCGGCAGCGUGGCUCAAAAAGCACGCCAUGGAAUGCGUUGUUUGGGCUGCUGAAAAGGCAAAAACAUGUGACGACGACAGCGAGGACGAAACCGAUACCGAGAGCGACGAUGACAACGACGUAGAUGACGAGGAAGGUCUUUUGAAGGAGACGGAAAAGGAAGCACUUAAGUCGCUGUCACUUGCGAAUCCCCUGGCCACUGGCGAGAUUAACAUUGCACUUUCGACAGACGAAGAAGAGGACAAUUCCGAUGAAGAUGGCGUAAGUAGCACCUCGAUAGACCGCCUCGAUUUGUUGAGGGAAGCCGUAAGCAGAUCGCACCCAGAGAGUCUACGACACAGGCAAGUGCAGCAGAUGCUGAUGGAGGAGGAGAGGAAACGAGCCGAGGAAGAGAAGAGAAAACGACAGCAGCACCUGAGGCGAAAAUCCAUGCUGAGGAAGAACGGAGUGAGCACCCAGAAUGCAGAGUUGCUUCCGUUAGACCCGGGCGAGGAGAUGCCCACUCCAAUUGUUCUUGAUCUCGAAGAGAAUCGAAGAGCACAGAGAGAACACCUGGUACAGCAGCGCCGCGAGAAGGCACGUUUAGUCUUCGCUGGUUCUUGGCUGCGUUGCACGGAGAAGGAACUUGACGAGUGUGUACAAAAGUACAGUCGUACAGACGAUCCAUACAUGCGAAGUAGCCUGAUGGCGUACCAGGUCCUAUCCGACAAGCUGAAGCUCCACCAUCAGAAUCUUGGGACCUUCAACACGGAGGAAGCGGUGGCGGAACGUAGGAGAGUCUGCGUGGAGCUGGGAAUACUGCGCGAAGCAGACCAGCUCAUGGUAAAAAAUGUGACGGAACCCUUGCCAAGACCGACAGAAGAGCAAGGUGUGGCAGAAGCCGAAGCGGGUACCGAGGACGACAGCGCCGAUGAGGUAUUUACCCAGGUUCCUAGCUGGCAGACGAACCACUUAGAGUUUUUGAGGACCUGUCAGGGCGAGCAGCAACUCCAGAAAGGGACGAAGAGGGCAAGAAAACAGGAAGGGCGAGUUCGUGCAAAGAGCCAGAAGGACAGGGGCUGCAGCAACAGUGAGAACACAAUCCUCAAGUACUUUUCCAGCCAGAAGUAG